AUGGCGGCUAAGGCUUCGUUGAAGAUCAAAGGGAAAGGAGGAAAAGGAUCAUCUUCUUCCUCGUCAUCCAAGUACGAGGUCUUCAAGGAUUGGACCAACUGGUCGCUGAAGAAAGCAAAGGUCGCGACUCACUAUGGAUUCAUCCCUCUCAUCAUCAUCCUCGGCAUGAAGUCAGAUCCAAACACUCACCUUUUCCAGCUUCUCAGCCCCGUUUGAUCUUCUCAAUGUUUUAGUCCUUUUACUUCCCCAAUUAUGUUCUGUUUUUUUAUUUUGUUUGUUUCUGAAUCUAUAUAACUCAAAGUUCCGUUA